GUCCAAACCCUGUCAGUGCACAGCUCUGCAAAGCCUGUGCUUGUUGAUAUCAAGGGCCUAUUACUGACUUUAUAAUAAAAUAAUUUCUUCCUGAACUGAAGAGAUGAUAUUUCGGACAGCUCUAGAGCAUGCUAGAAGGCACCCCGGCCUCAUCCCCCAGUUCUUCUUCAUCUGUUUGGGACUAGGCGGUGCGGCUGUGUAUCUGUUCCGUUUGGCCAGAGGACCCUAUGUUGUCUGGAACAAGACCAAGAACCCUGAGCCUUGGAAUAAACUUGACCCCACGUAUCAGUACAAGUUUGUCGCCGUCAACACAGACUACAAAAACUUGAAGAAGGAUGGGCCUAAGUUUUAAAUCAGAGUUUAUACGUCUUAGAAAAUCCAAAUCCCGGAUCAGGUUCAUCCUGCUCCUCUCCUCGUCCUGCGUCAGACGCCUUAAACCUAAAGUGUCACUGGUGAUAGCAUGGUAUCAUUGAUAACACAAGGGAGAUCGUCACAUAAUAAUUCAAUGGAUCACAUACGAUUCAUGUCAAUACAUUCUUCCUCCAUGUCUAAACCUUCCUGGUCUCUUUUGCUCAUAAAUCCCAAAGGACACUCAGUAUUUUGUUAACUAUGCUGCAGUGUUUUAGAGGUAAGAAUGCAUUUAUUUAAACACUCAAGGCAUCUCCCACACUCUGAUGUGCUUCUUUAAGUUUUUCAUUCUUAUUUUCCGUGUCUGAAGGUUAAAUGCAGCACAGUGUUGCUUCCGCCGCUGAGAAACUUGUGUCUCAUAUUCUGUGUGGAGCUUUUAAAUGUACAAACUUCUUACUUACCCUGCUGCAUCUCACUGGAGUUAAUGAGAUUUAAUUGCACGUGUUUCUUCUGUGUUUAGCAGCCUCUUAUAUCGACAAUGACUCUGUGAGGUAUGAAAAUGGUAGUAAUGCAUAAACCAAGCUGUAUUCUUUCAAUAAAGAAACCGUCAGAUUCGA